AUGAGCCAACCCAAGACGCCUUCUUACCCACAUCUACGUAGACACGUGUCUGCCCCACCGCCUAUUCUCAAACACGUACCUGCUCCGUUGCAGUUAUCAAAGCAUGUGUCGGUUAGGUUUGCACCUGCCCUGACCACUGUACGACUUUUCCAUGCCCUAGCUACACCUUCUUCAUUAUCAAACUCGAGUCCAAGUCAAGAACUUUCUACUUCGCCAUCGCCUCCAGCUUCUCGUGAGCCUUAUUCUAGUGCACCUGCCACCCAGGGCUGUCAACAAGACCAAUACGAUAACCAACAAUCCGUCACAUGUGUAGACCCUGUUUCUGUUUCUACUCAAGAAACAUUCAACUUUCCUUUAUUGAGUCGUCUUUCACCUCGUAUCAUUAACAAUUCUAGCGCACAUUGGGUCGAGUCAUUACCACAGCAUUCUUCCUUGCCUUUUUCUUCAUCUUCAUCUUCGUCUUCACUCUCGACCUCGGCGGCUAAACAGCAUUCGACAUCGAUAUUUUUCAACCCAGAUAUACACAAUUUUGAAAUUGUCGAUUGGAAUGUGAAAAAAUUAAACGUACGGGAAUAUUUCUCCAUGGAGAAUAAGGUCCAAUUAUUUAAACUUGUUCAAUCUAUGGGUGAAAAGAAUAAACUACUCGGGUCCGUUUAUGUAAAGAACUUAGCAUAUGAAAAGACAAUACUAUUAAAAUUAACAUUCAAUAAUUGGUCAGAUAUUCAUUAUUUGAGUUGCACGUAUGAAUCCUCGGUUUCCAAAGAUGUAGAUAUCUUUACAUUCAUUUUGGACUUGAAUCUUUUCAAGAAUUCCCUGAUUUUGAAAAAAUAUGUUUAUUGUAAUAAUAAAUGUUUAACCAAUUGUCCCAUCUUGUUCCAAUUAUGUAUUCAAUAUGAUGUCUUGGGUCAAUCCUAUUAUGAUAAUAAUAACGGUAAGAAUUAUAAUUUACAGGUAGCUGCUACAAUUAAGAAAUUAUUGCCACCAACGAAUAAUUCCCCUAAUAAACCGGUCCAAAUAAACACAGCACGUCAUCAUACAAGAAGAUUUACUGAUGAUACUGAUUAUUUCAAUACUUCACCUUUGAAACAUCUUUAUCAUGACGAUACAACGCUAAUUAGGCCUAAGCAUUUAAAUAAAGUCUUGAUUGGUGAUGAAGAAGAAGAAGCUUCCAUCCCAACUACUAUUUCAUCGGAAGAAGACGAUUGGAUGAGUGAUUCGGAAAGAUCAAACUAUACAUUCUCUACUUAUUUGGACGAUGGGCCUUGGUCUCAUUAUGAUCAAGAAUAUUAUAACCAGACAAGAUGUAAUAACCAAUACAUUAGACAAUCUUAUAUCAACAGUAAUCAUUCCAAUGAAACACUUUUAAUUAAUUAA